AUGUCCCAGCUGGUGGCACUCGCAACCUCUACAGCUGCACAAAUAGACGUUUCGGUACUCGACUAUUUUCUGAUCGAAACUAUCGACACUCUGAGACAGUCGGCUGAACGAGCGGUCUCCCGACGGAGGGAGCUCGAAGAAGAGAUGUCCAAAUCUAAUAUACUGCAUCAAAUUCCCGUCAGAGAUACCCAGCACAAUACAUCCGAGGAAGCGCUGAAAUGUCGCUUGGAGAACAUUGGAGUUCAUGUGGGAUCUGCUCUUGUGGAACGAGAUAGACCAAGAUUUAUAGACACCCUAGAAACCAUUAAAUUCCUCUGUAAGGAUGUCUGGACCGCUGUAUGGGACAAGCAGGUCGACAAUCUAAGGACAAAUCACAGGGGUGUCUACGUGUUGCAAGACAAUGCAUUCAGACCACUUCUCAGAAUAUCCUCGGGGGAUGGCGUGGCAGAUGCUCUCGCAAAUGCAAAAAUUCACUAA